AUGUCUUUGCACAUCUACAUCGCUCACUCCGGUGAGCAUCUACUGGCCGAUCCAGUUUCCUUCGCCUCGCCCGACGCACUCCGAUCAUGGAUCACCCGCAACACCUCCAUCCCAUCUCAGCGGCAGAUCUUGAUGACGGCUCGGGGGAAGAAUGUCAAGAUCCAAACCCUCGCCACGGAGAACGAGAUCUUCGUAUACGAUCGGAGCCUUUUCACCGAACCCACCAAAGUCGAGCUCCCUGAACUGUCCUCGCCGCAACCGACCGCGAUCGAAAGCCCCCCGGAUACCCUGGCAGAUCAGAACGACCUGCAGGCAUGGCGGAAUCUGUACACCGCCAGACGGACGUGGGCGGUGAACCUGACAGGGCACUGCGAAUCCGUCGACAAGAGCAUCCGCGAACACAACGAGCGCACCGAGGUCAUCAAUCGGGCAGCUAGCGUCGCUCUCGAUAAUCUCAAAACCCACGUGGGGACGCUGGAACACCGCUUCCAGGAGGCCCAGACAUGGGCCAACGAUCUCCUAAAGGAACAACAGACGGCCCUUGAUGGAUGGAGACGGGCCUUCGCGACCCUGGAGACCAUCCCGGCCCGGACCGAUUUCUCUUUCCUGGGCCGACCGUCAACACCCAAGACGGGCACAGAUCGGUCGAUGGGUACAUUACGGGACUAUGUCGACUCCGGGGAUAUCCAGAGGGCUGGAUCGGAGGCAGCGACUGUAACCUCGCAGUUCGCCCAGCGGGUCGGCGACGUGGAGAAGGCCGUGGCCGAUAUCGCAACGGAGACGCAACGAUUGGUGGAGGAUGCUGUCCCUUCUGGCGUUGACAGCAUGGAUGGUGUGUUGGAGGAAGUGGUGACCAUCUCGAAGAAGAUUCAGUCCGACUACGAGCACGUCCUUGCCCUACCCAACAACCAGAAGACGCUAGCAAGCAUCUCCCGGCUUGCACUCAACCACACCAAGGAACUUCUGCCAUCUCUUUUGGACAUCAGCACCGAAAUGCAGACGGGGUUGGAGGGGGCCGUCAAGCGGCACAAUGGGGCGGCGAACGCCGCCAUCAGCCACAUGCGACAGAUAUCCUUGAUCGAAUCGCGCUUAGCAGAUGUCCAGUCUCAGAUCAACAACCUUACGUUCCAGAGCGACGCGUAUGACAUCAUAUAUUCCGUCUUCCACAUGCCGCUAGUGUAUGGCUCCGUAAUGAUCGAGUCGGUGCGUCGCCGCGAGUUCAGCACGAAGAUGAAAACCGACUCCCUGACCCUGGCCGAGGAAUUGUCCGUCUUCCAAGACGAGGAGCAGCGCCGGCGGAAGAAAUGGAUCAAGAACAUGGGCGAGUUCAUUUCGACCUCCGAUGCAACCACCCCAGGGAUCGAAAUCAAUCUGCGGGGACAGGAGAUCGAAUGGCCCGAAGUCAGCAGGAAGGAUGUCGAGGGGUACAUUGAGGACCUGAAGACGAAGCCAGGCAUGACGAGCAUAGUUCAAGAGCUGAACCAGCUCUAUAAAGACCUGGAUGCCCCGACGCGCCACCAGCGCCGCAGGGCCAAGGCCUUCAAGCAAGGCAGUCUCUUUGAUCUGAGCCGCAGCUCUCUGCUCCUUCGCAGCGAUGACAUGGUCCGCAGCCUGAGGGACGAGAAGACCAAGCUGGAAGACAGACUCAAGGGCUCCGAAAGCCGAAUUCGAAAACUCGAAGACCUUCUACACCGUCAAAGCCACCUGGGGCGGCCGUCCAGCGGCAAUUUCUCGUUCGAUUUCCCUAGUACUCCCGCCUCACCUCACCCCGACCCGCACUCGCGAAGAUCUUCUAUCUCGUCAAGACGGAUGUCGGUCAAUCAACCGUCGGAAGAAAAGGCACUCGCUCAACGCAUUGUUCACCUCGAAGCUGAACUUGCAUCGGAGAGGGAGAUUGUGCAAAGACUUCAGAAGGACGCGCACGCUGAGCGUCAGUCCAGCACCGAUAAGAUAGAGGAAGCGCAGUCUACGAAGAAAGAUCUUAUUGGAAACCUCGAAGCCCGACAGCGGGAGUUUGAUGACGAACGGAGGUACCUCGAGGGCCAAGCGAAGAAACUCAAGAUCAAGGCGGAAGAACUCGAGGAGGAGCUGGACAGGGUGAUGGACGGCCGCGAACACGAGCGACAGGAUGCUGAAGAACGGAUACACCACCUCGAGACCGAGCUCCAGGAUGCCCAUGCUCGCGCCGAGGAGGAGAUCCGAAAAGCAACGAGCCUUGUCGAGCAAAUGCGCACUCACAAAGAAGGCCAGACCGACCUGAACGCCCGAAUUGAAAACCUUGAGAGGCAAGUCAAGGAGGGCGAACAGCGGGACCAGGACAAUUACCAUGCUUUACAAGCUGCCUUCCUUCACUUGUCUCCUGGAGGCGCAGUGCCUGUCGAGAUACCAAACAUCAUCAAGAGUAUCGAAGUGCUCUCCGAAGGGCUGUCGAUCCAUGCUAAUACCGCCGAAGAAAACGCAAGUAAAGCUACAGCUGCGAGCAAGGAACUAGAGGAGCGCCUAGAACAGAUGAAAUCUGAGCUCGAACAGCUCAAACAGACCUCGGAAGAACGGGAAGCGGCACUGACCCAGGCACUGAAAGACCUUUCGGGAGAGAAGUCAAAGUUGUCCAGUGUGACGGAAGAACUGCAUGGCGAGCGGUCUAGACUCGGAGCCCUGCAGUCCCAGAUCACUGCGGGCGAGACAGGCUCUGAUGCCCUGAGAGAACGCGUGGUGGAGGAAGAACGGAAGUUGGCAGGCUUGUCGCAAAGACUCGCCGAAGUUGAGUCGCAGGCGCGCCAGGCCGAAGAGGAAGUCCAAACGUGGAAGGAAAAGGCCGAAUCCCUGUCGAAGUCGGAACAGGAUGCUGCAGAUCGGAUAGAGACUUGCGGGACAAGAUCUCAAGAGCUUUCGAAGCAACUGUUCGGGCAGGUGGAGAAGUUGGAGCAUAUGCUGGAGCAAAUGGGAUUCACCAUCAUCCGGCAAAACGGAGAUAUCGUCGUGCAAAGAUCUUCCAAAGUCAACGCCCUCUCCGCCACGGCUGACACCCUCAGUCAAUCCGGCGUGGUGUCCGUCAAACCAGACUCCUCGCUUUUGGAGUGGAUGCAGGCAGAAACCCCGGAGGAAGAGACCGAUCGGUUCAUGGGAUUCAUCGAAUCCAUGUACCAAUUCGACGUGGAUAUCUUUGGCGAGGCGGUCGUCAAACGGGUGAAAGACAUUGAAAUGCUUGCUCGCAAGUGGCAGAAAGAGGCUAGAGGGUACCGGGACAAGUACCAUCGGGCCCAGAGCGAGGGGCACGACAAGAUCGCGUAUCGAUCAUUCAAAGAAGGCGAUCUCGCCCUGUUCCUGCCGACCCGAAACCAAGCCAUCCGGUCCUGGGCCGCGUUCAACGUUGGUGCACCGCAUUACUUCCUGCGCGAGCAGGACGCCCACAAGCUCCAAGCGCGCGACUGGUUACUCGCACGCAUCACCAAAAUGGAAGAGCGAGUCGUAGACCUCUCGAGGUCGCUGAACGGCGCCAAUCCCGACCGGCGAUCGCUGGCCGAGACCAGCGACGGUACGUCGUUCGACGACGAAAACCCCUUUGAGCUGUCCGACGGUCUACGCUGGUAUCUGCUAGACGCCACGGAGGAGAAGCCCGGCGCGCCCGCCACGCCAGGGCUCGGAAAGAGCACCGUCGCCCCAGCCCACGUAGACGCCCGGGGCAGCAUUCGCCUGAAGCGCACGACGGGCGGCGGCAACGUCGCCAGAACGCUCACCAAGAGUCUCGACAGCCGGCGCAACAGCUCCGGCUCCAAGAAAGGACCCCCUACACCAAACCAACGGGGCAACGGGUCCUCUACCAACCUAGUCCAGACCGCCGAGGACAGCGCUGCCACCCCGGCCUCUCCCUCGCGACCGCGCGAGGCAGCUCCUAUCUUCGACGAGGUUCGCCGCGACCUUCUCCGGGGCCCCUGA